GCAUGCUUAUUGGACCUCAUUGGACAAUUUUCGAGAUCUGACUGUGACCGCAUGAGCGGUCUAUGUGAGUAGCCUGAGACGUGCAGCAUUUUCAGCAAUGCUUAGACAUGCAGUGACUGUGGCUUGGAUGGUUUAAUAUGGAUGAUCAUCCUGCACUUCCCGUUGUCGGUUCACACCGCUUAAAUCAGCUUGGAGGUGCUUAUAUCAACGGCAAACCACUUCCAAAAGAGAUUCGGAACGAAAUCCUCGCGUUAGCCCUCCAAGGAAUUCUUCCUUGUGGCAUAAGUCGUCGUUUACGGAUCUGCACUCAUGGCUGUAUUAGUAAGUUGUUGUCCAAGUAUCGUAAAACUGGCUCAAUCCAAGCUGGUAGAGAAAGUGAAGGCCGACCCCUCACUCCUCGAAUAGCACAGAGAAUCAUGGAGUACAGAAAGGAACAACCAGGUCUGUUUUCUUGGGAGAUACGAGAUCGUCUUGUUCAAGAAAGCCUGUGCAGUAAGGAAAGUCCUCCCUCUCUUAGUUCCAUCAGUAGAUUGUUGAAGAAUAAAGAUGAAUUGGACAUAACGCCAGGAAAUAUCGGGGAACGUAACAGCAAUUCCUACACGAUCGCUAGUAUCUUAAACCUACCGCCAUUUGAGAGUCGGUCUUCCUCGUCGAUUCCUUCAUCGAUGGCUUCUACAUCCACCGAUAGCCAUGUACAAUUAGCUGAACAGAAACAGACAGGUCAGUAAUAAUAUCAAGUUUGCUAGCGUUUUUUGUGUGAUUCACAGAUUUCUGUUUCAGUUUAUCUUAGAUCCUUGUGGGGUUAUUGAAAACCGUUCAAUGGACACGAAACUAACCUUUACCUUGAAGUUCGCUUCCAUUUUCUUUUGAGAGGCAAUGCUCUAAUUGUUAUCAAUUUCAA